UUUGUGUUGGUCGCCAUGUUAGAAACAGGGCAGAGAAAUAGAAUGUGAGGCCAGGCCCGUCGCCCGAAGCCAGCUGAGAGAGACUGGCAGCUGCCCCAAACGGGCCUUGGGCUUUGUAAGAGUGAAGAAGCCAUAAGUUCCGGCGGUUUUUGUUCCUUGUGGUGUCGAUGGACCAGGGAACCCGCCCACCAACCGUUAUGUAAACACAUGGCGAUAUUUUGUUUGUGUCUACAGCUGAUUGAGGGGGUUCACUUGGGAAAAAAACCCUACUCAUUCUGUGUUUUAACGUGUGGCUAAGUCAAACGGCGACUUUUCUAUUGUCGUUCAUUUCUAUCUUGGCUUGUGAGUUAAAAAAUAUAUUUCCAGGAGAAACUUCAAAACAUUGAAUUUUGUGUACUGAGGUUGACACAUUUGUACAUCACUUCAACUAUUUAGUCAAACUGGAAACGACUCCACCAACACAACAGGAAACAUUUCUCUUGGAUAAAGCAGAUGUGGGUUUGGGAAUGCCGCAGCCCAAUGUUAGUGGAAUGGAUCCUCCACUUGGGGAUGCCUUUCGAAAUCGCACAUUUUCAGAUCAGGCCUUAACCAGCACGGAUUUGUUGGGGAAUAAUUCGGAACCUGAUUUCAUAUAUGAACUGGAUAGAGAAAUGACUUGCACUUACAGCUCUAGAGAUGAUCCCGUUACUUUGCAAGAGUGUAAAGACAUGGAUAUUUUAGAGCCUUUAAAUGAGCUACUAGAUUCGGAUCCCUCCUAUACUUCAAACUGGGAGCAAUGGGACGCAUGCUGGGAAGACUUAACAAAAUAUACCAAAUUAACUAGCUAUGAUAUUUGGGGAACCAAGGAAGUGGAUUUCCUUGGGCUUGAUGAUUUUUCCAGUCCAUACCAAAAUGAAGAGGUCAUCAGCAGAACUCCUACGUUGGCACAGCUAAAUUGUGAAGAUUCACAACCUGUUUUAGAUUCAUUAUAUCAUCCCGAUUUAUUAAAAAGUUUAAAUCAGAAUUCAUUAACCUCUUCUCUGGCUGGUAAAAAACUUGCUGCAAAUAGGGCAAUGCCGCCAGUAUCAUCUGCCAGAAGUCCCUGUUUAGAUGCCUGCUUGCCUGAGACAACACAAAAGAUAGCCAGAUCAAUAACUACAAAUGCAUCUGUGGACAACAGCAACAAACCACAGACUCUAAACUGCAAAAUAGGUUCUGUUCUUGUGGAUAACAAAGACUUUGUUAAGAAAGCUAAAGUCUGGAUUAAUCCCAUCUCACCUGGUAAAUCAACCUUGGGUGCAACCCAAGUUAUCCAUAGGGACUUGCCAGAUAAUUCCUGUUGUAGUGAUAUUGGAGCAACGGCCAGGAAACUGGAGAAAAAAAGUACAGAAACUCUAUACGCAAGUAAAGUAACCACAGUAUUCAAAGAAAGUAAUGACUUGUAUACUCCAACUGAAACAGUUCAAAUGGUAUCACCACCUGUUUCUGAUCACACGCAGAAAAAGGAAGAGCAUAAUUAUUCUUUGUUUGUUUCUGAUGGUGUGAAUGAAAAGUCCCCUAGUAUUGAACAGGAGGCUGAAGAUGACGAUGAGGAUGAAGAUGAUGAUGAGGACCAUGAUGAAGGAUUUGGUAGUGAGCAUGAGUACAGUGAUAAUGACGAAGAUGAAGAUGAUGAAGAGGAGGAAGACAAGGAUGAUGAUAUCAGCGACACCUUCUCUGAACCAGGCUAUGAAAAUGACACAGCAGAUGAUAUGAAAGACUCAUUAACUGGCGUUUCCAGAAAAAGAAGCAAAAGAAGAUAUUUCUGGGAAUACAGUGAACAACUGAUUCCACCACCUAAACAAGAUCGAAUGUUAAAGCCUUCUGAAUGGGAUAGAGAUACGUUGCCCAGUAAUAUGUAUCAGAAAAAUGGAUUACAGCAUGGAAAAUAUUUAGUGAAGAAAUCACGCAGAACAGAUGUUGAAGAUUUGACUCCAAAUCCAAGAAAGUUACUACAGAUUGGAAAUGAACUUAGAAAAUUAAACAAGGUGAUUAGUGAUCUGACACCUGUAAGUGAACUGCCAUUAACUGCCAGGCCAAGAUCCAGAAAAGAGAAGAACAAACUAGCAUCCAGGGCUUGUCGCCUAAAGAAAAAGGCACAAUAUGAAGCUAAUAAAGUAAAGCUGUGGGGUCUCAACACAGAAUAUGAUCACCUGCUUUAUGUGAUUAACUCAAUUAAACAAGAUAUAGUAAGCCGUAUACAGAAUCAGGGGGAAAAGGAAGGCAACAGCAUGCUAGAAAAGCUUGAAAAUCUUUUAAACAAAACACUGGGGACAAUGGUAGCUGGACAAACAUCUGACUUUGUCAACCAAGUGUUGGAAAAAACAGGAGAAGGGGACCCAACAGGUGGCCUUGAAGGUCUUCGAGUCCCUACAUCAAAAGCAUAACGUGCCAUCCUCUGUCCAAAACAGCUUCAGCCUAUAAUUACAUAUCUGCCAUUUCUGUGAUAAAUGUUUGAUUCAUUAUAAAAAGUGACAGUUUGUUAGUUGUGUGAGGGCUGCUUUAAAAAGAUAGGUGGAAACUUGUGUUGAUACAGAGUUCUGGAAAAAGGAAUGCUCUUUAUAGAUAUGGUUAUGUGCUCAGGUACUAGAAGGUAAAUUUUACUUACCUAUUUUUGAAAUGACCUAGUGAUUGAUGUGUUCUAAUAUGUUGGUUGAAACUUAUGUUAAGUUUCAGGAGAGAUAUGGAUGCAGUGGUUGAAUCAAGAAAUCAAAAAAAAUAUUAUUUGUAGUUCCUUAUAGAGUUAACAGCUGUUGCUGAUUUUCUUCCAUUAACACCAUUACUAUAUAUUCUUUUUGUAUAUAUUCUUGUAUUAUUAAGUAUGCGUUAACUAGUUCAUAUAGUAAAUUACAUGGCCUCUUCAGACAUUGCAUUAGUAUUUAAGUUUCAGAAAGGAGUAAUAUUCUUUGUGCCUUGUAUUUAAAAUGAAAGAAAAGAUGUAAGGUAAUGGAUGUACAGUGGGUAAAUUUUAUGGAUUUUCAAAGUAUUUGUUUAUUUUCACUCUUUGGCUGUUUAAACCAUUAUGAAUGUAUAUAAGAAUAUUUCAACGAUGUAGAUAUAUAUGCCACAGAGUCUGUAUUGUAUAAAGAUGGUUAUUGAAACAAGGGUUUCGGUACUUUUCAGAAAUAUUUGCACACUAUUUUGUACCAAAGAUAAAUGCAAUUAUUUGGCAUAAUGCCAGUGAAGUAAAGUUUUGCACAGCUUACACUGAUACAAAAUUGAAUGUAAUCAGGGUUGGGUUAGGGUUUUACGAGAACUGUGAAAUAUGUUGUGUGGGUCCAAAUAUCCACGGAAAGAGGAUGCAAGUACACUUUCUAAGAUUUUGAUCCUGUAAGCUUCUAGAAAAUCAGAUAUUGAAAGAUUAUAGGCUCAUAUCUUCUGCAUAGCGAAAGAAUGUAAUUUAUAAAUAGAUUUGUGUUAACAUUUCAGUGUAUUAUAGUGGCUUGCAGUUGUUACAUUAAAAAAAGAUUAAAAAGCAUGUAUGUGGUACACUCUUGAAACAAAGGCAAAUAACCAAAAUUUAAUUUUAAACUAUUUGUACAAUUGUAUAAAUGUACAUUGCCUACCGAUACUAAAAUUCCUCAGUUGCCACCUUUUGCAUUUAAUGUAGUAACGUGCAUGUCAAAUUUCUAAAUGUUACUUGAUAGGAUGUAAAAAGUACUUCUAAAGCUAUAUAUUUUUGUAUUUUCAAUUAGGUAACCAAAAUAGAUAUUGUUAAAGGUAAAUAUAUGAAUACAGUUGAUCUUAUUUGUUUGUUUCUGUAGCUUUUCAAUUAAGACAUUAUAAAAGAUCAACUUGGGUUUCAGUUUUUAUUUUGAAUAAGCAUUAGUUGUAACUGGAUUGAAAAGUUGUGUCACUUUGGUAAGUCAUAGUUCCAAAAGGAUGCUUCACAGUUAUUGACUUCAUUAAUUGUGAACAACUGAUGGCUGAGAGUUAUUGUCAAAUUUAGUGUUAACAUCCAAGCUAUAUGCCAUUGGCAGCCUGUUGAAGUGCAGUUUGAUUUUGAUUAGCAGUGUUUCUCUGUAAAUAAAGAUAGCUUGUUCAUUGAUGAUAUUUUACUUUACGGAUAUUAGAAUUGCACUUUUGUCAUCAUUGCAUUUGUAUUCCUGCCAUUUGCUGCUACUCCUGACCUGUAAGAAUGCUACAUUGAUACUUGAUUUAUACCUGUUAGUAAAAUGUACAGUUACACAUGGGCAACAAGAUGAAAGCAAGCUGUGCAGCUUUACAUUUUACCAGGGGACUCUGUGGCACUAAACAGUCUAAAAAUGGUUAUAAUUUGAUGCCAGUAAUAUCUUGCUUCCUUUUUUCAUGAAAUAUUUUAAUGUAUGCUAAUAUAUAUAAAAAAUAACCUUAUAAAAAGAGAAAUGUAUAAUGUUCUAUUUGGAAUUUUUGAUAUAUUGAGCAUGUUCAGUGUUCUUGGAAUGAUUGGUUUAUCCUUGUCAUAAGUUUUGGAACAACAGAUCUGUGAAACUAUCUCCAGUCAUAAAGUACCCUGUAGGACUGAAUAGCUAUAUUUUAUAACUUUAAAUAUAUUUAGUCCUAUUUUCAGACCCUAUCUGUUUUUUCAAAACUCUUUUUCCUGGCCCAAUUGCAACAGUUUUAAAAUGCAGUGCUGAGCUGUACAUGUCACUAAAUCAGCAAUUUGGAUAAAUCAGAUUGAUAACGUUCAUUUAAUAUUUUCAUUUUGUAAACUGGAUUUUUAAUGUGUGGUGAAAGAACCAUCUAUUCUAAAUUUGAAAAAAAGUCAAAAGCUGGCAACAAAGUCAGUGGAAGUAGUUUGAAGAAAUGUUUACGAACUAAAAGUAGGAGUAGGUCAUUCAGUUCUUCAUGCCUGGUCUGCUAUUCUUUUACCUCAGUGCCCCUUUCUUGCACUAAUCCAAAAUCCGUUUAUAUCCUUAAUAACCAAAAAUCUAGCGAUUUCUGCCGAAAAUACUCUGCCUCCACCACCCUUUUGCGAAGAGAAUUCCAAAGAUUCACUAUCCUCUGGAUAAAGAAGAUUUUUUUCCUCAUAUCAGUCCUAAGUGGCUGACUUGUCACCCUUGCUUCUAUACAUUUCUGCUGGGGUAAUAUUAUCUUGUGGAGCUCUGAAGAAGUUUGUGUUUCAUUGAAAUCACCUCUUACUCUUCUGAGCUUGAAAAUAUAGGCCAAGCUGAGACCUGACUGGUGCACAACAUUCUGGGUGCAUCACAUUAAGACAUUUUUACCCGGUACUCAAUUAAUUUUGCGAUAAACGAUGACAUAUUCGUAGCCUUCCUAAUUUCAUGCUUCUGCUGCCUUUUAAUUUGAAGUGUACAAAGACACGCAGGUCUCUGAAAUUCUUAAAUCUUUUAACAUUUAAACAAGUUUUCAGCCUUUCUGUGUUCUCGACCCAAGUGAAUGACCUAUUUUUUUUAUUACAGUUUCAUAAUCCAUUUACCAUGUACUUGCCAGUUGAGUCUUGAAACCCCUUACAAAUUAUACAAAUUAUGCCUGGCUUGGAUAUAUCACACUCUGCCUUCCAGCCAUAAAUAUAAAUGGUGAACUGCUCGGGCACCUGCACUGCCGCUUGCAACACCUCGUUAGUCAGUGCCUCCUAACUUGAAAAUAACCUGUUUAUUCCCACACUGUUUUUGUUAGUUAACAAAUCCUCAAUCAAAAAUGAUUUAACUGUUUAAAUUAACCCCCUAUGGCAUUUGCCGAAGUCCUUCUAAAACUACUCACAUCUCUGGUUUUCUUCUUGCUUAUCCUAUGCAUUACACCUUUAACAAAACUCAACAGAUUUGUCAGAUGUGAUUAGCCUUUACGCCUUAACAAAAUGUAUCCUCAAACUGUUGCCAUGUACAAUUUUAGAACAGUGUUCACAAAAUAGUGUUGGAAUUUUGAUGUUGGAAACUAUUAAGAAUAGUUGAGGUGUUGUUGUUUUAAUAGUGAAUAUGUUCAAAUAUAAACAAUAACUGCCAGUAUGACGCCCACUUAAUGCUUCUUGAUGAAAUUAGAUGUGGGUGUUCCAAAGCAACCUAACUUUGAAGGUAUAUUCCCUGUUUGAUUGCAUUCAAUUUUACUCAUUAGUUGUUUCAAAAUUUCAUAAUUUACUAAGAAUGGUAGCAUUGCUCAUAUUGAUCAGCUAUUUAGAUGUUAUUAUAUUUCCAUUCUAUAUUGCAAAUUUUAAGUAUAUAAGACCCACAGAAUGCAACAUACUUAGCAUGAGUAUUUUGUUUUGACAUACAUUUCACUUGCACAAGUAUCUCGUGAUUAAUUAGAUCAUUCCUCAUUCACUUUAUAAUUCAGGAUUUAUUGUUGAAAAUGUAUUUAUCUUUUUCAAAACUAUUCUAUUCUCACCCAAUUUAUUUUAUUAAAAUAUUCCAACAAAUUUAAUUAUAUAAACAUUUUAAGAAAAUCUGUGCCCGUAUAAACAUUUUUUUGCCAGACGUACGUUUGCCAUAACCAUGUCAAUGAAUAUGUAACAAUUUAACAAUAUGUUUUGUAUGUACCAUUAAAUUAAAGCUCUUCAAUGAAUGCACUAAACAAAUAUACACUUGGUCAAAGUUAACAGGUCUGUUGUUUCCAAUACAAAGAUGCUUAUCUACUUUAAAAGAAAAUGUGUUUGAUACACAAUAUAUAUUUAGUAGUAGCACAAUAGAUUAUAAGUUUGAAAUCCUGAACAUCUAUGCAGUUGUCUUCCAUUCUCAAGUUAAGUAAGUGCUCACUUUACAAGACAUUUGGAACUUCUGUCUGCUUUAAAUUCUAGCUAGAAUUCAUCUUGAGUAAAGAAUAUUAAAUUGAACUACUGGCUAAUUUACUACUGUCAUUUGUUUUUGUUUCAUUCAUACCAUUUUCAUUCCUGCAACAUCAUUAUCUGGUGUCUUACUGAAAGUGGAUAUAGGAUGUGGAAGUGUCAUUAUUGUUGAUUUCCAUUGAAUGAGUUAAAAAAAACUUAAUGAUAUAUAAUCUUCAAAUACACAAAAAUUAUACUGAAUCGUAAUUUUAUUCAUUGUACAUUCUGACAUCCAUGGGACCCUAUGUUUAACAAAGAUAUGUAAUGUUCAUUGCUACAAUGUACUGAAGAAAAUGAGAUGAUGAAAAAUUAUUUGUAAAAUGCUUAUUGGCUUUUUAAGAAAAUAAUUUCAAUGGGAUAUUUGAAUUUGAUUAUUACUGCUGUUGUAUCUCGCCACAAAAUAGUAUACAUAUUGCACUUGGAAUUUGCAUCAAUUUAAAUAUUAGUGAAAUGUACAGUAUAAUAUGUACAUAAGUAUUUUUACAUUUGGGAGACUUUUUUAAUUAGGCCUGUUUGGUACCAGCAUUGUGUUUAAGGAAGUUAUGACACCAGUAACUAUUCCAUAUCUUAUUUGAAUAAAGCACUUUAAUACAUUCAUGAUAUAAUAGCAGAAGAGACUAAUCUGGGCCAGCAGUUUGAGGUUGCUAGAAUUAUUAUUCUCAGUACCGUACCUAUUGAAUAUAUAGUACUAAAUGUCUUCUGCAACUUUAGAACACUAAUAUUUCCACCUCAAACACAAUUCUUAAUGUCACAUCCUCAUUCAAUUCACUGGUUAAUAUUUUUUUAUAAUAGGAUUUUGCUAUAUGUUUUGUUACUGGAUUUGAAAGGGGAACUGUUCUGAGUUUCUUCCUCUUUAUUCCAUGGUAACUUUUUUCAUGUUCACAAUAUAAUACCACAAAUUAGAUUUCUGCAUUCACUUCAUGUAUAUUAAUUUGGUUCCUAUUACAAUAAUCUAUACUUGUCCCUGUCAUGCAAUCCAGAGCUCACUGCAAUUUAUUCUUCAAAUGAAUAUUAACCAUCAUAGCACUAUAUAUUUAAUAUCUCAAAAGAAAGGGUGAUCACUCCAAAUUAUAUCAAUUUUAAUUUUGAACAAUCUUGGUAACUGAUUACCAUUUUCAUAUAAUUAUUCAUGGACACAAUUAUGUCACGUGAAAACAUCAUUUUUUUUUCCCCC